AUGCGCCAUUUUUGCCGGCCAUUUUUGGAGAAGGCCUCUAGGCAUCAACUGCCCCGUCCAGUUGCUGUGGCCCAACAUCCUUUUUCCUUUUCUGCUGACGACGCCCCUGUGAUAUCGCGGCGGGAAAAGUUGGUGGCAAGGUUGAGUGAUGAGGUAUUUUCAAAAGGCAAUGUGCACCUUAAGAACGUGAAUGCUCUUUCCGCCUUACCGGAGGGCCUGCAUUCGUUUCCGGAGGUGUGUUUCAUCGGCAAACCGAAUGUGGGCAAAUCCUCCAUCGUAUCUUCCCUGCUGCACAACCACCGCUUGGGCCGUUCCGGGAUCACACGGGGAACCACGCGAAUCCUUCAGUUCUUUAACGUGGGAGAUGCCAUGCUGCUUGUCGACACCCCUGGCUACGGCGGUUGGAGGGGACGGCAUCUCUCACAAGGCUUAGCUGAACGCGCAGGCGCCUUUGCCGUUUUAUUUCGUUACUUGGCACUCCGUUGCAGGGGGCCUCUGAAGCGGGUCUAUUGGGUGAUGGAGGCCAGAGGGUCUCUGCAACCCCGCGACGAGGAACUCUUUGCCUUUCUGAAGGGAGAACAGAUACCAUUUUCGGUGAUUAUGAACAAAAUUGAUCGCUUCAAGGGCGAUCACGUGGCUCUGCAGCGGCAGAUGGAUCGUAUCUGGAACUUUUUGGGCAGUGACCAGGUUCCUGUGCUGGGCGUACGGGCCAACCCAAAAUAUCCAGAGAAGUGUCUGAACAUCGGGGCCCUGCAGCACGACAUCACGUACUACUGUACACAAGAGCUCAGCCGUGCAGAGGACCUGACGUACAAAGGCAUCAGGGAACUGAGUUACGCACCUCCCACUCCGGAGGAGAUUACGACAGUUGAGCAGCGCUACCCGGUGGAGUCCUUUAUCUUGCCCCAGGAGGACAGCCUCCCGCUGGAAGGCCUUGUCUUGGCGCAUGAGGAGGCCAAAGCCAAGUGGUUGGCAACAUCACCGAGGGCGGGAUUAUUAUCGGCAAAAGACAAAGUUGCAAAUCACCUCGUGGCGUGCUGUGAGCACAGCUGCGACGACGACGACAACAACAACAAUACUCGCAACGGUGCACUUUUGUCAGCCCCGGCUUUGACCGAAGGAGGUUCAGAGGCGCAAAGCGCUUUGGCUUCGGCUACGCCCAUAGCAGGUGGUUCUUCCUUCGUGGAACGGGUUGAGACGCCCAGAAGGUUUUGCGUUCGGGCGUCACUUCGGAUGACACGUCAGCAACCGCAGCAAAAUGCGUCAGAGACCAACUGUUGGAUGAACACAGGCGCGUUGACACCUGACGCAUACGCGGCAUACGUUUUAAAUAACAUCGAUCCACGGUUGUCGCCACCGCUUUCUAGCAACACGACGCCGCUGCGGUCAUUCCCUGCACCGCUCGUGCCGCAGCUUUCCGUCAGCUUAGACAAUGAAACGCACACGGUGCGUGCCAUCAAUGGUGUGCCUAUAGCAAAAAGUAUGAUUACUGCGUCUGUGGCAAAUCUUCCUGCUAGUCAGGAGGGGUCCCUUGAGCAUUUCUCGCAGCAUUCAAGCUCGGGAGACUACAACAGACUUCUGUUAGCGGAACUGGCUGGACAAGACACGUUUCUCCAGGAAGGGGAGCACGCAGAGCUUUUUGAGAGCGACACUUUGUCGCUCCAGCACUUCCUGAGGAAAAGUGCUCGACGGCGGAAACUAGACCACAUUCUGGAAAAGUACGUCUCGCGAGUGCGCAAGAAGCGUUCACUCUACGUGCAAGCGGAGGGGUAUAUGUGCCCUUGGCUGGCGGGGGCCGGGCAGCCGUCGCGUACUGCUGUGGUGGGUUCUGCAUGGGAGCAUUCCUCCAUGGGCAGCGGCGGCGCUCUGAUGAUGGGUCUCAAGCGCACGGGAUUUGGCGGCAAAAGUUUUUCGGCGCACACCAUGAAAAACCGUGGGCGAGCAACGAAGAAGACGGGGCCCUGGGCGACGUAA